CCUUCUCUUUCUAGAUCCACUGACAUUCCCGGAAAUUCCCAGAGCCCUUUCUUCAACCACUUGUUGUUAGAUUUUCUUUUCUUCUUUUCUUGUUCGAUUUGGCGCUGGAUGUUGAGGAUUUGGAUGCUGUUAUCUGUUGGUUCAUCAAUUCGUAGAUCUAUCUCUUAGCUAUUUCAGUAGCAUCAAGAUCUCAUAAAUACCUUAGUUCACGGAAAUGAGCCGCCCACAGGAACCACCCAGACAGUUUUUCCCCUUCGGGAAUCCUUUCCGCACGAUAUCUCCCAAAGGUUCGAAUUUUUCUUCAAAACUCAGGGCAAUAUUGAAUGAUUUUGAGAGAAACCUUGCUGAAAGAUUAAGAAAGCUCCAUCCAUCUAGUAAGGAUGAUGUUCUUAGCCUUUCUUGGAUGACAUUAGCUAUGAAAUUGCUUUGUGAAACUCACAGUGAUGUUAAAAACCUUAUCAAGGAGUUAGAGCUCCCUGUGACUGAUUGGAACGAGAAAUGGAUUGAUGUCUAUUUGGACAUCAGUGUGAAAUUACUCGACGUCUGCAACGUUGUUAGCUCAGAGCUUUCACACUUGAACCAAAGCAACCUCAUGCUCCGAUGCAUCACCCAUAAUUUGGAUUCUGCAGACUCAAAGCGUCUCACCCAAGCCCGUGCUUCCUUAGAUGAAUGGAGACUGAACAUUAGCACGACAAACUCUAGAAUUAAGAAUUGUUGUGUAAUCUUAGACAGCCUUGUAGAAUCUCUUGAUCUUCCAAAAGUUAAGAACUCAGCCAAGGGUAAGGUUCUAAUGCACGCAUUGUACGGGGUCAAGGUACAGACAGUUUUUGUGUGCAGUGUCUUUGCCUCAACCUUCUUAGGUUCCCCAAAACUCUUCGAUCUGAAAAUUGCCGCUACAUAUUCGUGGGGACAAACUUUCUCCUCCUUGCAAAGUGAUGUAAAUAGUGAAAUUAGAAGUAUAUACUCCCAUGGAAAGUUUACCCCUCUGAAGGAGCUUGAAGCUAUUGAUCAAUGUGUGGGCAAUCUUCAUCAAAUGAUCCCAGAGAAUCCUGAAGUCCAAGAAGUUCAACCGCUGAAGAACGUCAUAUCCGAGUUGGGAGGAAAGGCAGAGAAACUAUCAGAAGGUGUACAUUUGCUGUCGAAGGAAGUCGACAACUUUUUCCAGAUUGUUUUGGCAGGGCGUGAUGCAUUGCUUUCAAACCUAAGGAAGGGUUAGAUCAUAUGGAGAGGAUCCGAGGAACACGAAAUCAGACCAAUUGCGGUGGAGCUAAACUCGAACCUGUGUACAGGGAUAAUAGGAUGGUAUCUCUUGUUUUUUCUCUUAACAGAAGAAUAUUAACUAACCAUAGUAUAGAGUAGUUUAAUAUUGCCGUCUUUUGCUUUUGAGUUUGUAAGAUGGAACUUUGAAAUGGAAAUGUGUAAUAUGGGGUUUCUAUGUUUGAGCAUA